CCGAACGGACGUUCGAUACAGAGUCUCGGAGCUCCGUGCGCUGUCUUUCUCUCGUCGCGUCCGUGCAUACACACGACAACGACGGCCAGAUAUACUUUCGCUUGUCGCUUCCAGCUCCCAAAGAGUCAACGUAGCUUAGCCACGCCAAUCGUGCUGGACGACAAGCCGAUAUUUUUGUGACUAUUCUCAGUGACACAUCAAAGCAGUGAUCAUACGGUUUUGUCAUUUUUCUUGAUUGACACGGCCGUUUGUUAAUUGUUGUACUUGUUGUUGUUGUUGUUGUUGUUCAUUCAGUUGAAUUGUUGUUGGUGCGCGACUAAAACAAAACUGUGCAUUUAUUCGACUGCAGUGCAUUGAAAAACUCAAGCUCUAAAGUGCCAAGAUCAUACUCUAUACAGUGACUCGAUAUCUACGUGCUUCGAAUUUUUUCAAGAGAACACUUGUGUGCUUUGCACGAGCUGCGAAGAUCGUUGUCUGCUCGCGCCUUGCGCUCUGCCCGCUUCGGAGCUCUCGCUUCCAAUUCGGUCGAGCUGAAAAACAGUACCUAUGGACACUGAUCCGUACGAGGAUCCACCGUACCGGAGAUUUCGCAGGUGACUUGACACGAGUCGCUUGACAGCUUAACGUGAGCGCGGCGUAACACGUACGAGCGAGUUUACAACGCGCCUGCCAACGAGCCACGUGCGCGCGAGCGGAGCUAAGUGCUUGCUCGGCCCAACGCUUUGCGCUCGGAUACGAACUACGUCGACGAGUGCGCCCACGUUCGCGAAGCUCAUUUCGCUUUACCUUUUCUUCGGAGAGUUUCGAUCGGAAACAGGCCCAACAUGGCCAUACCAUUUGCAUUACCGUCGGAAGAAGAGUCCGAUGACCAAAGUCAACAGCAGCUCGAGCAACUGAUGCUCGAACUCUACUCGGCGCUGCAACAGGUACUGCGCGCCCGAAAUGCACAGCAUCCAUCCAGAAACCAUCGGCUACCUCGACGAUCGAGCCAGACUCUGAGCUCGCGAGACAGCGCGAUGGUUCUGGUGGACUCGGACCUGUCGAGGCUGCCCCUGCCGGACCUAGUGCUCUCGGCGGUCGAACAGCUGCCCUCGGCGGCGCCCCAGGUCACGGUCUCGGCGCCCAGCAGUCCGACGCGAGACGCGGCCUUCCAAUUUCCCGAGUGCAGCGGCUUCGGCAGCGGGACUCUGGCGGCGACGUCGCUGCUGCCCGUGCCCUGUCCACGACCCAAGCCGCGCCGACGGAGACUCACCAGCGAGGGAUCGCUGCCGGAAAAGUUUCAGCAACAGUCGAGCUGCCACUGCUCGAUGCGCCACCACGACUGCUGCACGCACGGCAACUCGUGCUGCGGCCACCACUUGGCGGCGAGCCUCGACGAGCGGGAAUGGGCGAGCGUCGGAGCGAAUCUCAGGAACAUCGCCGACGACUUUCACGCAUCCAAGGCAAAGGACGCAGAGGUAGAAAAAUCAAGGCUAUCCUUUAUCGGGUCGAGCUUUGGAUCGUCAAGCAGCCUCAAUAGCAACAAUCUAAGUGGCAGUACAUCCGGAUCUACGGACAGCCUCAUGUCACUUUUGAUCCCAGCACCACUUCGAGAGACCCUAUGGACGACGUUAGCUCUAUAUCUUGGCUGGCGGCUUGUAUCGCGUCUGCGAUAGGACGCGCUUGACGUCUGCUACAACAGCAGCCAAUAGCAGCUGUAACGAGUAUAUGUAUACAUACAAACAUAUAUAUAAUAUAUAUAUUUUCAACUUGAAAAACUGAUGCCGAUGGUACUCGAUACGAUGAUACCGUUACCUUUGUGGUGAGCCGUCGUGAGGCAUCGAUACUUUUGGAGUGCUGCAAGCAUGAAGAGUGUCCAAGAGACAAAACGACGGAAUGGCCCUCCGGAAAGUCGAGUUUAACAAUGUAUCCUCCUCCGCUGGCUUCAUUUCAUAUAGUCACUUGCGCUGAAAAUACCGAGUGCUGCUGAUCCCCGACCACGCUUGAUCUAACCUAGUAUGGAUCAAGACAUUGUGAUAUUUACUUGGGGAGAAGCGGUUUAUUCUUCAAAAAGACGAUUUUUGUAAAUGAUUUAGAAAAAAAAAAUGAAAGUACUGUGUUCGUUAAACGUGAAAAAGAAAUCGAAUAAAGAUAAAAAUUGUUUGAGCGCAGCGCGAGGAUGAAGAAUUGCAAGCCUCGACUUUUUGGCCACUUCUGAGUGCCAUCUUACGUGAAUAUAUGUAUAUGUUGCGUAAAUUCCAAGCAACGUCAAGACAAAAAAUGCGAUGUUUUUCUCCCGCGCGAGUUCGAAGGAGUUGCGAUGCGAAGCACAAUAAUGUAUAAGGAGGGUAAAGGACGUGGGAGGGUAUAUUCUCUUCUUUUUUUAUGAAUUAUUAUAUGAUAAUACAUAUUUAAACAUGCUGAAAGACACGAUAAAAUGCGGAUAGGCAUGGAGAGAUAAAUAGAGAAAAAUAAUAGAACUGCAGGGGUGACAUAAGAUCCAAAGAGAAGACUUAGAUCCAAUAAUAAUCAAAUAAUGAUCUCAUUAUGGAAUAAAUAUGAAAACAAAACAAAGAGAAUAAAAUAAAAAAUUAUAUAGUGUGAUGAUUGCGAAAUGAUAGAGCAGGCAACAUGAUAAUUGUGUAUAAAAGUGGCUCACUUUUUUAAAAUUAGAUUCGUGAUUGACGAUGAUUUUUCUAACCACGCUGAUUAUCGAUUAUAUCGAGAGACACCUGCCUUGAUACGUGCCAGCGGCUCGCGUCAUAUCACGGACGAAUGUUAAAGUGUGAAUAUUAAAAAAUAAAGUAAGCGAAUUGUGAUUUUUAAAAGGAUAAUAUAAUAUAUGUAUAUUAUAUAUAUAAUGAUAUAUUUAUAAAAUAUACUAUUACUUAUGUAAGUGACCAUGGUUGACGAAAAAACUUUUUUAUUUAGGCAAUUGUAAUUAUUUUUAAUGUUAUAGUUUGUAUAGCGAUGCUUAGAGUGUACGCGUUGAAGAGAAAUAGAGAAAGACAGAGAGAAAGCAAAAAAACGAAGAAAUUUAACGAAUCAAGAAAAGUAAUAACGACGACCGUCCAGCGGUCGUUGGCACGUAUAAACGCGUCGAUCGAUAUUUUGUACAUAAAUGUAUAAGUAUAUAAAUAUAUACACAAAAAUGAGCGGACUUUUGUAUGGCAAAAAAAUUCAUGAAAAAAAGUGAACACACCACGUGACAUAGACCGGAUGUCGUUCGUGUGCGAAUAGAAAUAAUCUGAAGGUGUGAUAGAGCUUUUUCUUUCUCGUAUUCAAUAAACCGCGACGUGCGUGUUGAAAGGGGCAACAAACGCGCAACACACGCAUCAAUCGUAUUUUAUUUAAUAACAUUGAAAUAAUUAAUUACCGAACGCGAGACAAUUUGAACACUGCUCAAAAAAACACGUGAAAAAAUAUAAAAUACACAAUUGAAUAAUAUUAAUGCACACGCGAAUCCAGUAAUAAGUCGAAUUAAUUAAUUAAAGUAGAUAAUUGAUAUUAUAGAUCGAGGUGUGCGGCAUCUGAAUUGGCUAGCUGCUACACCCGUGGACAGUUUUCAAAUGAUCUCCUGGUAGCUUAUAGCUCUUAGUGACACCUUUCGUCUAUCCAGCGUUGAAAGUUUUACUUAAAGCAGGAUUUUCACGACUGACGAGAGGAUGUCUUUAAUUUCCCCAAAUGCUUUCUAAUCUCUAUUUUUUCUUGAUUUUUUUUUAUUCUCUUACUCUUUUUUUAUUUCUUGCACUAUUUUCCUCUUUUUGCUGAGUCUUCGCUACAUUCCCUUCUUUUAUUUUUUGCUCUAUAAGACCGUCUUGUUCGCGUACUUUUCCAAAUCGCCCAUUCAACGUCUUCGGUUGCUUCUAAAUUUUAAGCGGUUUUUUAGCUAAUGAAUUUUUCAUUCAAUUGAGAAUUCUUUUCUUUUUAAUAAAAUAAGCCAUCAAUAAUAAACCAAACUUAUAUGUAUUUUAAAUGCCUAAAUGACUAAAUAACUAUAAUAUAAUUCACUUUUACACGUAGAAAUAUAUUACGUAUUGAUUUCAACUAUACACUAUCGCUUUUUAUCCAUUGCCGUAUGUCAUACAGAUUUUUUUGCAGUUCAAAUUUUGCUUUUGUAAAUGAGAAAAUUAAUGAAAUGGAUUGCUUUUCUAAGUAUCGCUUUAUUCACGAUAAAUUUCGUUUCCACUGAGGUACCGUGAAAAAUGAAAUUAAAUGAAAUGGAUAUAUUUAUUUCGAUUACGUCGAUAUUUAAAGCCUGAUAUUUAUAAAGAAAAAAGUGAAGUAGAGGCAAAAGUGCGUGCUUGUAAAUAGAAUUGCUUCUUUUUUAUUUUACUUUAAGGUACCAUUGCAUUUUUGUUUAUGGUUAUCUUCGUGAUUUGUUUUUAUUAUAUAUUUUUCUUUUUUUGAGCAUUUAUAUGUUUAAUUAUUUCUUAUAUAUUAUACAUGUUUUUAUCGCAUUUACAAAUGCAAAACCUUAGAACAGUAAACCAGUAGAAGCAUUUUGUAGUUAGUAUAGUCAGCCAUAUGAAAACAUAAAUAAUAAUCUAUAAAUAAACCUCGAUAAAGUCUAUGUACAUGUAAGCAUAAACAAAAGUAUAUAUUGCAUAAAUAUAUUUUAAAUGAUAUAUUUGAUGAUAAACAACGCGAUGAUUGUUUUUUGGAAUGAGCAGAAUAACAGAAAGUUUUGGGAUCACGAAUUGUUGAAUCGUGUAUCCGACUUUGUAGACGUUGAUUUGAUCGAGCGAGUACAAAGUAACAUAAAAAUGAGCUGCACAAAAAUCAGCGGUCGUUUUUUACAAAUCUUAUCUUCAGGACGUCGUUGAUUUCAAUCAUGUCAGUGGAUGAACAUUUUUUCAAAAAUUACUGAGCCUCAAAAUUUUUAUAGAUACAAAAAAUGAACAAUGCUCUGUAGAUAAGACAAUGUUUUAGAGAAUUGGGAGAAAAAUUAUAAGCUGUAACUGUGACAAUGCGGAUCGUAGGGAAUGGGCUGUAACUUCUUACAAAAAUCUGACUCUAUUCAUUUUUUUUACAAUUUGACGAAGAAAAUUUCAAGUUUAUACAGUUCGUUCACCUUCAGAUCCCCGCGCGUCAAAGCGUCACUGUGAUCUCGUAAUUAUUAAUAGAUAUAUUAUUAUAAUAAUGAAAAUUAUCGUAAUGGACAUGUAACGUUCCUUCGUCAAUUACUAAAUUUAGCAUCGAGUUAUUUUAAAAUUUUACCAGCGCAAUAAUUCGAUUGAUUAUUGUUUUCGAAAUUUAAACUUGAACCAUUUUUUAAUUUAUUUGUAACGAAGUGACAUUUUAUUUGCAAGUUUCAUUAACGAUUCACUCUGUUAUGUGUAUUUUGUACCCUUUAAUUUUUAGUCUUAAACGUACUUUAUAAAUGAACUUUCGAAUGAUCUCUCAAAGGCAUCGAUUGCAGGGCGAGUUUGCAUUUUUCCGGUGUCUUUCGUUCACUACUAAUGAUAAGAUUUGUUUUUAAUCAGACUUAAUUUUUAACUUUUUUACAAAUGUGAUGAAUUGUUUUUCUCUUUCGCUAUCUCUGCGAAUUGUACAGGUUUAGGGUAAUGCGAAACAGAGAAAUCACGUGCAUGAAAGACACCGGCUCUUAUCGACCCACCUCAAUUGAAGCGUGUCCUUCGACGACAAUGCGUUAUGUACAGUUAGUUUAUUUAUUGUCAGUUUUAUAUUGUCUUUAUUAUUAUACUAAUUAUUAUUAUAUAUUU